ACACUGUGCGAUCUUGCAUAUCAUUCGGACAGCGAGGAACCGACUAUGACGGCUCCUCUUCCGCCCUGCACAUCACGUUGCUAGUCCCACAUUGGGCCUCGGGCGUGCUUUGGCGCUGACAAGGCCCGCCAGAUCCACUUUACCUGGGCAGUACCUCAUCGCUAUAAUAUACAACUCUUCGAUUCACCUGAGCGCCUAGAGCAGAGGACAAUGCAGUCAGUGUGCGGGGUGUUUGCACGUUGCCAUUCGCCCAGAGUGUGGAGUGCUGAAUUCACUCCAGCAUUUAUCAAUCGAUACCCGGCAAACGGCUUCAGAGGCCAUCUGGGCCUACGGCUGUGCCGUAUUUCAAAUGCUAAGCGAAGGAGCCGUAUUCGGUGUUGGCGCUUCGACAUCUCGGUGCCCGGUUGCAUUGGUGCAGCGUGGCGCGUGUUGGUGGUUGUGUAUCGAGUGCCCCGCCCCCACGUUUCCGAGUCAUGGUCGCAUCGCGCAUCGUUUAACCACAGAAACAACCGUCCUGGGUGGGAUGAUAACUGGGCACCACAUCUUUUGAUCAACAAGUGCUUGUAACAACUUUGAUAGGAAGAGACGUAUAGCAAAUCACUUCCAGGUCACGUUGCAACGUCGAUAAUGGGAAACCAAUGAACUAGCGCUCUCAAGUAGAAAGUAUAUCC